UUGACACAUUGCUUGACACAAAUAAGAUCUGUAAACAAAACUGACGUAGUCACACUUGCAUCGUCAUUUGGGUCUCUUAAACGAAUUAUGAAUGCUUCGUCAGAUGAGCUUGCCAUGUGCCCUGGCCUAGGUGAACAGAAG